UUGACGCUUACUGGCUCCUGCCCAGAUGGUCCAUCCGCCAGAAUGGUUCUGGACCCCUAUAUUUUCUUUUCGAUUAUUGUUAUGGGAUAAAUAUCGACCACCUAAAUGAUGCCAGAAAGGAUCGUGGAUUAUUUUUAUACAUGUGGUCUUGAAGAAAAUAUGGGAUUGGAACCAUAUGAAUCUGGCCUUAGAAGUUACAGAACUCGUCGGCCUCUCCCUCUUGAGAGACCCUUCAAGUGCAAAAUUUUACAACACUUUCCAGACUAUGCCUUGAAUCACACAUUUGACGCCGAAUCAACUAGUUUGGUCACUAUGCCUAGUGGCGUUUGGCUUCGUACACAGCGGCAGAUGGAGUCCGUGCGAUACUCGUAUCCGAAACGGCAUACCUUCGUCAUAACACGUGAGGAUGGCAGCCGAGUUCAUGGUCUAGCUCUUCUGUUUUUGUCGGAGGUUACGCACGAAAAUGUAAAAGAAGCUGUUUGCUCUCUCCAAGAUCUAAUUGUUGGGACAUCUCACAAGGAUGAGCAAUCUAUUUACGUUCGAAACCGCGACAAGCUUUUUGCCACGAAGGCUAUCGGACUGAUCUCCCGCUAUCCUUUCAUCCAUGGACUUUUUGGUUGGUUGGAAGAUCUCUGGGCUUCAAUGUUCCUAUGUUUACCUUGCGGGCCGGAGGCCAAAUUAGAGCCUUUCAUCUACAAAUUGUUAUAUGAGACCAGUUUGCUGGAGCCAGGUCGAUUCAUUACUUUCAGUGGUGCAUUCAGAAGUCACUUUGGAUAUUUUCCAGCCGUGUUGACGCCUAUCCCAAUGCUGCUUGAUGGAACUACUGGAUUGUCAGCUGCUGUGGAAUUACCGUUGUUUGAAUACUCUCUGCUGGAGUUGCUGCGGUUGAUAGACUUGACGGACUUCAUACGUCUGUUUACCUGUGUGUUAUUAGAGCAUCGGAUUGUGCUGUUUUCCUCGGCUUACUAUCGUCUAAUGUUGGUCGCGGAGGGGAUCACAUGCCUCCUUCUCCCAUUUGUAUGGUCCCAUGUCUACGCACCCAUUCUUCCCAUGUCAUUGAUCCAUUUUGUCAAUGCUCCAGUCCCAUACAUUAUGGGUAUCAAGCAGCUGGAUCCUGAAGCCACAACCGAUCUUUGCCCGGCUCCGUGGGAUGCGUAUUCCUCAGGUGCAAACCACUUUGACUGUUCGUCGCCUAUCGAGUUGACAAGCGAGGCCAAUGUUUGUUACGUUUACAUUGAUGAAGGUCGCGUUGUCGUGCCUGACGAAACACCGCACUUUCCAAACGCGGAGCACGUUCUGUACUCAAUGUCCAACUUACUAACUGGGAUUAAUUUUCAGUCUUCAGCGAAUUCAUCGUCUUUGAAGCCCCUUACACAGUACCAAUCAUCGGAAACCCAAGCACCUGUCCCACGACCACGUCCACCAAGUGAUUUGAGCCUUUCUCAGUGGUCCUCACGGAAGACACAGACUUCUGUUCCCGUGAGAACCGUUUCUACGACAACAACGGGAGGCAAUCCAACGAAGUUCGAACUGGGAGCAGACAGCGUGACAGAUUACGACACCGGUGACUACAACCGCUGCUCCUAUGUGAAGUCCUGCAUCCGCGCUGCGCAUGCCAUUGUCUCAGCCGAUGAUUUUCCGUCCUAUACUCACUUGAUCCACUUCAAUACGGCAGCUCGGACAGUUUUUCUACGGAACUUUGCCAAUAUUUUUCGGGAUUAUGACAAGUUUUUCGUCCCCGAACGUGGAGUCUUUGAAUCAACUGGCGAGAAACGAUAUGUCUGCUCGGGACUCCAUGCCUUCGAUAAAUUUGGAUUUUUGAGUGACCAACCGGAGACACAUUUACAAUUUCUAAGUGCCUUCCUCGAAACGCAAAUGUUUGCUGCCUUUCUGGAUUAUCGACUGACACGUAGCGUAGACCGUGGGGCUCCAAGCCCUGGUUGCAUGAUGGAUCGACAUCCGAUGAUGCCUCUUUACAUGACUAUUUUCGAUCACGCCAUUUCCCAAAUUCGGCAGACAACUUUGACAGUACCACGUGGUGUGGCAGACGACAGCUCUAAUUCAUCCACUUUCCUUCCGAAUCAGACUAGCGCUCACAAUCUUCCACCAACUCCACGAGCCCAAGAAGUAGCUGUUCCGCUACCGGAUCUACUAAACGUUGCAACAACUCCACCUAACAACACAACUCGUGACACUUCUCCGUUCGGGGCUAUUGGGUUUCCUUGCUUCGUGGAAUCCCCUCAUAUGCCAUCAAUUGUAUCCGGUAUGCUGUCAGACGAGUGUAUCAGUCGAUCUUUGGACGCAAUCGUCUGCAAUUUCCCACAUCUGUCAAAGGAAAUGUUGACUAUGCCUUCUGCUUCUUCCUACGGAUGUGAUUAUCACCGUAUGCCUGGCUCUAAUUUGGCCUCCAUUUUACAUCUGAGGUCCAAUGAACGAGCCCAUUUGCCUGUUAGUUCUGCCCCUAACUCUCCAAGGGUGAACAAUUUGCAUCAAAAGCUGCCAAUCGCUUUCAUGUCGACGCCAACCAAACGCGCAGCUCCCGACUCUCCCACUGUUUUGUCACGGCACUCACCGUCUCCGGUCGCACGCUCAUUUGCACAAUCACAUCAGUUUGCGGCAUUGCAGCGUUCUGGAAUGGCCCAGACAAACUGGGAUUUUGUGGACGCUCUGUUGGACGAGUGCAAACAUCGUACCAAGAGGAUGGUGCUAAAGAAAAUGGGCCAUGAAGCCGUGGAACUUGGCCACACAGAUCCUACCGUCUCUGUGAUUGAAGAAAACACUUUAGUCUCGGGGUUAUGUGAUUUAUUAGACCGUAUUUGGUCCCACGGUCUUAAUAAAAAGUCUGGUAAAUCAGCUCUCUGGUCGCAUUUGGUCGAAUAUGUCCGCAUUCAUACCACUGACGCUGAAUUGGAUUCUACGGCUAACUUGCCGGAACACACUACUCUUGAAUCAAAUACUCCGUGGUUUACCACAGCACCUGGCACUUCAUCGAAUCUAACUACUCUGUGUCAACAGCGAACUCCCCUACCUAACGAAACAAUCGGCUGCACUCCAAGACGAAUGGCUCCCCAUGGUGGCGUCACCAUUGGCUCGAGGCAAUUCUCAAUUCGGUCUCCACUCUUCACUCGACAAUCGGCCAGUUUAGGAGGCAGCAAUAUGCCUCGCAGUGGAAUGUUCGAUUUGCCAGCUCUGUUUGGUCCGCAGAUCAGUCAACACUCCCUUGUGCGAGAUGUGCUCACGAUUCGAAACUUGCGUGAUAUAAAAACGGAUGUCAGUUUUGCUCGAGCUUUUGUCCGGUUGGCACUAGAAAAGAAGCUGCUUUCAGCCUACUUGUCUGAACUAUUGAUGGACGUCAAACUGUUGAGGAAUCUCUACUGUCGCUACGCGUUUUUACGCUGUGAAGAAGAACGCGAACAGUUCCUCAUCCACUUGUUGUCGUUGAAUGCAGUGGAUUACUUCUCCUUCACUCGAAUGUUAACUCAGGCCGAGCUACUGUACAAAGUAUUCAUUUGUACCGGACGUAAACACGGUUUCGCAUCGACUUCCAAUUUGUCUAUUCGACUUCAUGGGCAUUUAGGCUCGACUGGAACUAUUGUGCUCCCUCGUGGUGAGGCCACAGCUGAAUUUCGACACGUCAAUCUGGGUAUCCUCUCAAUCGUUCAAGUUGGACACGACAACUCCGGACCCACACCCAAGUGGUUCAUCGAAUUCGUCCUGGUUUACAACGUGUUUGUCAAUCAUCUUUAUGUUUUUCCUUGUGGCCACUGGCUUGGACGUGGUAUUGAAGACGACGCAUUGGAACGCAUUCUUAUCGGCGAAUUAGUUCGAUCUCAACCCACAUGUUCCACCACUCAUUGGUCUUCGACUGUCGUUUCAAAGGGACCUAUCCUUACAUCGAUUGGCCAGACGCGCAGUUCACUGGAUACACGAAACUUGAGUGCCAUGACAAUUCACGAACAGCUGGCCAACGCUGUAAACCAACUUCUGAGGUAUUUCUGCAAAACAUCCGGACGUCAAAGCACCACCAAUUUGACAUCCUUGUUUUACGGCGAACGUGGGCUUAUCCCCUCCUUGCAGUUGCUGUUCAGCUAUGGAUUUCGUUCUGCACGUUUCUUCCAACGACGGAUUUAUGUUUGGGAUUAUAUUGGCAAAGCUGCCGCCUCGUUUGCAGUGGAAUUAGGGAUAAAUUUGCCAGCUACAUCGACUCCAUCUUCACCAUUGAUCCCGUUGGCUACCGGUCAGGAGUCAAGCGGUUUCUCAGCGCAUAGCCUUCCGAGAUUGUCGAAAAACCGGCCGAUAGCUGGAUCAUUUACUCCCAGAUUUGUGCGUCCAUCCCCAUCAUUUUGUACGACCCGCGAAGCCAGAGCCAACACCGGAGCUUAUUCUCAACCCAAUUCUCCUGCACCUAUGAGGAUUUUCUUUUCACCUGUCACACAGCCACACUUACAACAGAGCACAUUCCACCAUGUGACCAGUCGUUUUGCUACCGGCCACAUGUCAAUGGCCACUUUGAAACAAUCAGCCGCGCAAUUCGUUCAACACGUGGUAAACGUAUCCGUGACUGGAGCGAACUUGGGCAAAGAGGGACGAUUGCAGCGUCUUCUCUGCCGUGCUGUACGUGAUCAUCUGCUGGCCAGUUGGUUUCCGGUGCUCGCUCUGAGCCCGAUCACAAGUCAGAUGUAUGACUCUAAAUGCUUCUUUCUAAACUCCGACCUCAGGCAAGCUGCUCAGAGCCUGAUUUCUGCACUGGAUGAGUUUCAACUUCCAAUGGAGUCCGUACUGCUUGGUGAAGAAUAAAUUGACGCCGGUAGAUCACUGCUCAGUACUGUACUCUUUAUCUUUCCGAAUUGUUCUCUUUUCAACUCAGUACACGAUCCUCUCCGACCAGUCGCGAUUAGCAAUCCUGCAUCUCACACAACUUGUCUUCUUAUCAGCAUAAUUUAUUUCAUUCUCACUACGGUACUUUUAUUUCUCUUUUUGUUUUAUUAAUGUGCAUCUAUUACCAGCUGUACAGUUUAAGUAAUGAAAUUCACUACUUUUCAUUUUCGCUUCUCCAUUAACAAUUCCCCGUCUUCCACUCGCUCUAAUGGUUGAUCCUGAUACUAC